AGAAGGCAGUCCCACCAAAGAAGAGCCAAGGAGGUCCGCUUCCAUCGAUAAGACCCUAUUCUCGCGCUUCUUCUUCUUCUUCUUGCUAGCAAACAAGUCCUUGAGGGUAUGAUAGAGAGACUUUUCCUUCGAUAACAUCACCACCAUUCCAACAGUACGGCAUGAUUCCAUCAUAUAUUCUUCUUUCACUCUUCAUUCAUCAAAUCUAACCACCAUUAAACAUCUUUAUCUUCUUUUCUUGGUUUUCUCGACUCUUUUUGGGCGCUGCUUUCUUGGCGGGUUUUGUUGGAUUGGAUUUUUAUUUCCUCUGAGUUUGCUUUCUUUUUCGUUGGUCCUUCUUCUUUGGCAGAUUUACACAUUGGGAGAUGAGCUAUUUCUUCAUUUUGAAUCUGAUUCUUGCAUUGGGAUUUAUCCAGAGGUUAUUUAUGCCCAAUGUUUGAAGUAAGUUGUGCUAGCAGGGUGGUCCAUGAAGUGAUACAGGUUCUAUCUAUGUAAUCGUUGUGAGUAAUCGUUCCUCAAUUUGAGCAGGAUUCGCUUGGCUUAGUGCUGCCAUCUUUUUUUAUCUAUAAUUUCUCCUAUAAAUGCUCAAGUUUAAUUAUCCUUCAUUUUCAUUGUUACCCAUUUGACACAUUCCAGGUUGGUUGUCCUUCUUCCGAUAUGUAAUGAUAGUUCUAACGCGAGAUUGUUGAACUUUUACGGGAUUCUUAUUACAAUGGCUGAGAGGAAUGCCUUGUCUCUUGGAAUCACUUCUCGGAACUAUCUGUUUUGUUUGUUCACAAUAGUAUCGAUCUUGUUCAUACUAUCUUGGUUCUUUGUGCUGCGUUCAACUGGUCGUCCUAAUUUCAUUGACCAUAAUUUGUUACCCAAUUCCAAGUUUCUGGCUACGAGCGACAAUCGGGGUUCUGCAACCCAUAGUCAGAAUGAAGUUGAACCCUCAAUCGGAAAUCGGUCAAUCCUUGUCGAUGCAGAAGAACAAGAAGAAGAAACAUCCCAAGAAAAUGCAAAAACAGAUGUGAAAUGCAAUACCAAUGAUAUAGUACUUCUAGCUCAGCAAAAAGAAAACAAAGUAGUUCUUAAGGUUUUUAUGUAUGAUUUACCCCCGGAAUUUCAUUUUGGACUUUUGGAUUGGAAGGCUCAAGGUGGUAGUGUUUGGCCAGAUAUUCGAAGUAAGAUACCCGAUUAUCCCGGUGGAUUGAACUUGCAACACAGUAUAGAAUAUUGGCUUACUUUGGAUCUCCUGGCUUCCGAACUUCCUGAUGCUCCAAAUGCUCCUCGUAGUGCAAUAAGAGUCCACAACUCCAGUGACGCUGAUAUUAUUUUUGUACCAUUUUUUUCUUCCUUAUGCUAUAACCGGUACUCCAAGGCUGACCCACACCAGAGAAAGAGCAUGAAUAAGUUGCAACAGGAGAAGCUAGUGAGAUUUUUAACAGCCCAAAAGGAAUGGAAGAGGUCAAGAGGACGUGACCACUUGAUUGUGGCCCAUCAUCCAAAUAGCCUUUUAGAUGCAAGGAUGAAGCUCUGGCGUGCCAUGUUUAUACUUUCAGACUUCGGAAGAUAUCCUCCAAAUAUAGCAAAUGUUGAUAAAGAUGUGAUUGCACCUUACAAACAUGUAAUCGGUUCGAAUGUCAAUGACUCACCUGAUUUUGAUAGCCGUCCAACUUUGCUAUACUUCCAAGGAGCAAUCUAUAGAAAGGAUGGAGGCUAUAUUCGGCAAGAGUUAUUUUAUCUUUUGAAGGGCGAGCAAGAUGUGCACUUUGCAUUUGGAAGUGUGCAAAAAGAUGGAAUUAAGAAAGCUACCCAGGGAAUGCAUUCUUCAAAAUUCUGCCUCAAUAUAGCAGGCGACACCCCGUCAUCAAACCGUCUGUUUGAUGCCAUUGCUAGCCGCUGUGUUCCGGUCAUUAUUAGUGAUGAUAUCGAACUCCCAUACGAGGAUGUUCUUGACUAUUCUCAAUUCUGUGUAUUUGUUCGCUCGAGCGAUGCUCUUAAAGAAAAAUUCCUAAUAAAUCUCAUCAGGAAUAUUGGGAAGGACGAGUGGAUCAGAAUGUGGCAGAAGUUGAAAGAAGUUGAAAAUUUCUACGAGUUUCAGUACCCAUCAAAAGAGGGUGACGCUGUCCAAAUGAUAUGGCAGGCUGUUUCACGUAAGGUUCCUGCUAUUAGAUUGAAGUUAAACAAGUACAGGCGAUUCUCAAGUUAUGCUGUCCGCUCUGAUAGGGGGGUAAGAUCGGUACCAUCACCAAACAAUUUUUGGUGAGGCUUCGCAUCUUUUAGCAUUUUUUUACUUGACACGGCGGGAUAUUAGGCUGUGCCAUUGCCGCAAAGAGAGAAAUAUAGAGUAUAUUCUCAUUUCAAAUUUUGAUACCGACUUUAUAACUUUCUUGUAAAGGCAUUAAUUCAGCUUCAAUACAUAUGGAUGGCUAUUCAUUUUCAUAACAUUUCUUUGUUUAUUCUUUUAUUCUUUCAUGUUAUAAUAUCAAUAAACAAACUUGCCAAAUGUCGGCAUCA